AAAGUUUGCGAUAACCCUCUGGAUUUUCAGAAAAGUAUCAUGCCACCAACACUCGAACUCCCACUUCCGUUGGAAUUCUAGAGGAAGAAUCGUAAUUGAAUUUUUUCGAAUAAAAAAUUUUAAAAAAGAGGACAUUUUUAUUAAUUAUUAAAAUAAUGUUAGGGAGGUAUCAUCUUGUUGCCGUGACGCACUUUAUUUGCGUCGCACUGGUAUUAAAGACACUUGGUGUUAUUUUACCGUGUUGUGUCACUUGUUUUUAUUCGUCCACUUUUAACUUUUUGUUUUAUCUGUUGGUGGCUGGGUAUACGUUUCGGUUCACUAAGAGGAGACAUCUGAAUGAAAAAUUGCAACCGGAAAAUAGAGCUGUUCUGAUCACAGGAUGUGAUAGUGGAUUUGGUUUUUUACUCGCCAAACAUCUCGACUCGCAAGGUUUUCACGUAUUUGCCAGCUGCUUGAAUCCUGAUGGACCUGGUGCUGCAGAAUUGACUAAGAGUUGUUCUGAAAGACUGCAGACUUUAAAGCUCGAUGUAACAAGUGACGAAAGUACCAAGAAGGCAUUUGAAUUUGUCAAGGAAAAUUUAGGAACAUCGGAAUUGUGGGCUCUUGUCAACAAUGCUGGUGUCUACAAAGGAUGCAGCGUCGAAUUGACAAGCAUCGAUGAUUUCCGUGAUUGUAUGGAAGUGAAUGCCUUGGGUCCAAUUCGAGUAACCAAAGCCUUUUUACCACUACUGAGACAAUCUCGAGGGAGAGUGGUCAACUUGACCAGCAUUCUAGGAAGAGUACCAUGGGCUCACCUGUCCAGCUACGUCACAAGUAAAUAUGCUGCAGUCGGAUUCAACGACUGUUUAAGACAAGAACUCGAACCUUGGGGAAUCCGUGUUAUUUCGGUGGAACCUGAACUCUUUGAAACGGCUAUGACAAGCGAUGAGAAUGUAGCCAGAAAUGUUGACGCAACUUUCCAGUCCCUCGAUGAGGACAUAAAGAGCGAUUAUGGAACGAAAUAUUUCAAACAUUUUAAGAUCUUUGCACAAUAUCACACUGGUUUAGCAAGUGACAAAGUCUACCACGUUAUUUCUGCUUUAGAAGAUGCUAUAAGCAUGGAAUAUCCAGAUAUAGUCUACAGGCCUUGUCGAAACUCAAUUGUUGAACAUUUGGAGCACUUUUAUGAAUUGGAGCCUCACAUGAAGAAAGAUUUUUAUGUAAGAUGUUUAAUGUACCUCACCGGAUUUCCAAAACCGAAAGAGGCAAACACCUUUUAAAAUUUAGGUAAUUUUUGAACACCUAAUUAAUUGAUCGGACAAAAAACACGUUGAUUGUGAUGUUUGACUUUACCCCAAUUGAUCGAAGUUUUGUAAUUAUACUUGUUCUUCCUUUGUUUAAUUGUAACAUGUUGUUAUAAAAGUUAUAUUUUUA